AUGAUGAGGGUGCGAGAUAUCAUCAUCCUUGGUCUUUUGAGAGGUUUGAAUCAAUCAUCUUCAAUAAAUUGGGGGAAGAUGAAGGAUAAGUUGGAAAAUGAAUCUGUAGUGAAUUUAUCUCAAUCGAAAGAUUUAUGGAUUUUAUUUGAAACUGUGGAGUUUGUAGAAGAUAGGAAGUUACUUUUGUUGGAUUGGAAGGUCCUAUCGGAUCCUCUGGAGAAACAUCUAUUCUUCACGCUUUCCAACUCUCCUACUCCUCCUAAACUCAUCAGUGAGAAUUUAGGAAACAGCAAUAUGGAGGAAGAAAUCCCCAUGCAAUUGGCCAAGACGAUGAGUAAGAUGUUAAUGGUUCUCAGUCGAGGAAAAGAGAGACAUCGGAUACUCGCUUUGGAUUGCGUGAAUAGAUGGACGGAUCUCACGCUUUGUCUGAGUAGAGAGCUCGAGAAGUCGCAAGAACAGAGUGGGACAGAAUCGAAGACUGAAGUCUUAAUACUUCUCAGUUCGACAAUUCUCGACAUCCUUUUAGAUUCAUCUCGAGCUCUAUCCUUCUCACCCGCUAUGACUCUGAAGACCUCUCACGGGCUCGGUAGGAAUACCACAACGAGUCACCCGAAUCCAUUCAGCGAGUCUUACCCUACGAUACACUGCCCCCAUCAAACAAUCAGCCCGACAACGUCUCGGGGAACCGCUAAUGUCUCUCUUAAGAUUCUAGAAAUACUGGCAUCAAUACCAAAAAGAAGUACACUGGAAUAUACGAAACUGCUUCAUGGCUCUUUAGACCUAAUAGAGUCUUCCGCCUCUCCUCAAGAGAUAACAGAUCUGAUGAAACGACUCAUGAUGCGACUCAUAUCUGAAGAGAAGAAAGCUUUCGUCUUGACGAUAGGGGAACAAUUGGUACAUUGCCUCGAUGCGGAUGGGGUGAAGUUGAUUUUGACUUUGACUGAAGAAUGUCUACGAUCACCAGAGAAAGAAACUUUCCAAGCUGCUCAUGCAUUCAUCCUCGCUCUUAUCCAAUCCGCUUCCUCUACCUUGGAUAAUAAAACCGACCAAAAAGCUUUCUUCGAAGCCAUAUUGAAAUACUACGCUCUUAUUCUUAUCAAACAAUUGUCCAAAGGUCGGAUACCCACCGACGACUUUAUCUCCGCUUAUGUCAUUUUGGUUCAAUCGGCCGCCCAGUCUUCUGACUCAGACCAUAUCUACUAUCUCAUCAAUCUUCUCGAUAAUGUGGAUGAAGGAUCUAUGAUCAAAACGAGAAUUGCCAUUUUGCCACAUGUACCCAUAUCCGAUCUUGUGGGAUAUUUGGAUAAGUUGGGAAAAAGUAUUUCGGCCAUACGUCAUACUCCUGAGAAUCACGAUGAGAGUAAAGCUGAGAAUAGAUCAGUUGGUGAAGGUGUGAGAACGGGUGGAGAUGAAGUAGGUGAAUUGUUCAAGGUUAUAUCUGGUGGUUUGAGUGAUGAGGGGAAACAUAUUGGGAUGAAGUGUAAUGUAGAGGACUCGUACCAAGCGAUACUGGGGUUGCAUUUUUGGAAUACUUGUUAUGGUGGAGAUUCCGAACCUGAUCAAUAUCCUCCCGGACCAUCAAGAAUACCCUAUCAACCUCCAUCAUCUUCCCAACACUACUUCAACAAAGCAAAUCCAUCCUCCACCGUCCAUCCUUCUUCCCUUACUCACAAUGUGAAAUCAUCACUUCACUCUCAUUCGACAAUCUCCACAACCACUUAUGAAUCUCUCCUUAAAUCCCACCAUGUCCAAUCGACGACUAAGGAUCGUCCACAAUUGGGUCACUCGCAUUUACUCACAACUAACAAACCUAUCAAAACCCGUCAUUCAGCUAAACUCCUUCGACAACAACUUCAACUUCUUUCCAGAGGACAUUUCUCUUCAAUCGAUCAUUUAUUCUCUACGAUAUUGAAUGAUAGACAAUUGAAUUCAUUUUCAAGAUUAGAAUUACAUGUUUUAUUACAUUGUUUGUUAAGUCAGACUAAAGGUUCUAGAUUGGCUAUACAAGCUAUCACUUUAUAUCUUCAAACCUAUUGUUCAUCUUCACCAUCUCUACCCUCUCCACAAUCUUUACCGUCUUCACCAUCUUUACCGUCUUCACCGUCUAUUUCUACUUCACUCCCUUCCUCCAUUUCUUCUUAUGAGAUCAGGAAAGAGUUUUCUUCUUCGGUACGUCAUGAUCUUUCUUCUACACUGCAUUAUUAUUUGACCAAUCAGAUACCACCACUUCUUUACUCUGCUAGAAAUAUCAUAUCACCUAAAACACUGAACCGUAUUAUGAAAAACCUCAAACCUGUCAAUCUCACCGUACCCCCUCCUCCCUCAUCUUCCCCUCAACUGAACCCUACCAAACAUCUUACUAGACUUUUCGAUUUAUUGGUUGUAAUGGAACAAACCCGACAAUGUCGCCCGGCCGAAUUAUACGAAGCGGUGAUUAGACAAUGUUGUGUGGAGAAUAGACCAGAUCUUGCUGCUAAGUUAUACGUCGAAUGGGUUGAAGAUUGGGUGACACAACUUGGAUCUUCCACAACUUCCUCUUCAUAUCCAGAAACGAAUCUUUCAACUAUUUCCCCGGCUUCGUCAUCUCUUAACACUUCCUCAUUAAACUCCAUGUCGACUUCCCCCGGACGGUCGGAUCUCAAUGCAAAUGAGGAGAAAAAUCAGAUCGGAGAAAAAGAAAGAAGGAAACCUCCUGAUCAUGUGAAAUCAUGGUGGAAACCACUUCGUACUUGGCGACUUCCAGGAGAAGUAGUUUCACCUCUUGGACGACUCGAUUUAUGGCAUCCACAAAAUCUUUCAAUAGGUUCUAAAAUGCGUAGUUUUCCUUAUCCUCUUUUCACACCACCAUCAUCUCCAAUACCAGAACCGCACGAGAAAUUCAUUUCUAUAAUCCUUUCUUCCCUCAAAACAAAUCCAGAUGAAAAUUCGCAUCAUCAUUUCAUCUCAUCCUCUCGUGCUCUCGCCAUUUUAGGAACGACAAUUUUAUCUCGUACAACCCCCGUCCCAUCUCUUGGAAGAAUAGUCAAGAAGUUGAAUCAAGUACCCCUUUAUCCUCCCGUAUAUCCUGAUAAUGUCGAUAUCACCAAUAUCGACAAGUCUGAUAGAUGGGCUUAUGAAGCUUAUACUCAAGCACAUUUAGCAUUACAAUCUCUUAUAUUUUCACCACCUAUGUCAGGAGCUUCUCUUCGACAUUUAUCGGAAAUGCGAAAACAAUUGAAUUCUCCCUCAAAAUCAGAGACUCUCUUUCUGGAAGAUACUACCGGACAGAUGAUGGAGAAGGAGAGAAGAUACGAUUUAGGUGCAUUAGGUUUUUCAGAAUGUGUAUUCUUGGUUGAAUACGCUUUGAGACAACUUCGUGCUCCGAAGAUACUUGGAAAACUUAUGGAAUAUGUGGGAAAGGCUUUCAAACCUGUCGAAUCACCACAACUGCAUAAUGCUAUAUUGAGAGGUGGGACUAUACUCCGGGAUCCGAGUGUUUCCAGGGAGGUUCAAAAAGGAUUGUUUUCGAGAUCUUUCGAACCUGAUUUUGUUUCCAAGCGGAGUCAAAUCGUGGCAUCGGGCAAUAAGAAUUCGUCUGAAACUUCCAACAAAGCGAUUGAACCUUUUGUUCCACGGGUAGAAGAGACUUCAGUUGACUCAUUAACUCCAGUCUCUCCAGAUUCUCGAACUACUACCCUCUUUCAAUCAAGAGUCAGCAGCUCUUCAGACUUAGCCAAUAUUUCGAAUAUCAGUUCAUCCUCAUCCAACCCUAUACCUCCUACCUCAAACGUCCCCGAGCCAGACGUAACUUUCGACCUCGGACCAUCCGAACCGAACCAACAUUCGCUCAUCGCCCUCUUUUCUCACUUAUCAUCCACCAGUCAAUUUUCCCGUAUCGAAACUCUCAUUUAUCGUCUUUUACCCUUUCUCGACACACGUAAAUACCCUCCCACCCUAGCUCCAUCUCUCCGUCCAAAAAUCGAACACCUCAGUCCCGGUCUAUACGUUUCCAUCCUUUCCGCCUUGCAAAAAUGUCAUAAACCCGGUUUAGCCCAAAGAGUCUUUUCCCUCGGUCUUCGUGCUGAUGAACAAUGGGCGAUACAACGUCCCACUCCCCCCAUUCGGAACAAACAAGAUCGACGGUCUACGUAUAUGUAUGGACAGGAAUUACCCAUACAUGCGUUUACGUCAAUGUUGCUCAUUUGGGCUGACGAGGGAAAAGGUAGAAUAAAACAUUUGACUAGACCAUUAGGAUGGUAUGUGGAGGGAAUGGAGGGAAAGGAGAAGAUGAGUAGAGCGGAAGCUGCUCCUGAAUUGGCUUUGUGGACUUAUGGACAAGCUAGAAAGAGAUGGGAAGAAGGGGGAGGGGUAAAACCUGAUGAAAGGUUUUUCAACGCGAUGAUUGAUUCUUGUGCGGGUAGAUGGGGUCUGAGGAGUCGACCCAGGUAUCAUUCACGAGAUCCGAGUGUUGGACCUUGGCGAGAAUCAACUGAUCGUCAAUUAUCAGAAAUGAAUCAUUUUGGUGUACGGAAUAUGAUCGAUGGAAUGAAAUAUUCGAGUCACAUUGGUUCGUCCAGAGACAGAGACAGAGGGGGAGACAGAGGGGAAAGAUUGUUGAGAGAAAAAAGAACAAGGGAAGAGAUAAUGUGGGCAAGAAAGACGAAUUUAUGGGGAAGGGAAUCAGAUGGGAGAAGAAUAAAUUUGGAAUCACAAAGAAGAUAUAAAGAAGAAAUGGAAUGUGUCAUUUUUGACAUGCAAGAAUGGGGUAUUGAAGUACCUAUCGGUUUGUUGAAACAUAUGGACAUUUGGGGAGUUGAGACUUCUUCGGAUUCGUCGGUACAUAUGGGGUUACAGAGAAGAGAAGAAAUAUGGAAGAGUUGGAAAAUACCUGUUAAGAUGACUAAAAGUUUACAAGCUCCAAGGGAAUUUUCAGCUGAAUUAGCUUUGAUGCAAGUGGGUUGGAUGGAACAAUUAGAGAGGAUGGGGGUUUUGGAUGCAUGA